AUGGCAGCCUCAUCAUCUUCUCUGUCCUCCGAUUCUUCCUCCUCUCGCAACCGUCGCCGUCACCGCAAUCGCAGGGACAGAGAACCUCUAAAGAUCCGAAAAAGAGCACUAAAAACAAUAAAUCUCACCCAAAACGCGGCCGUAAACGCCAUCACUCAUCGUCCUCCGAUUCUUAUGAUUCCUCUUCAGAUUCUUACUCUUCCAGUUUCUGCCUGCUUUAUGGUUGGCUCUUCGAAAAUUGGAGCUGGGGUCUGGGACAUGAUGUCUGGGCUAUUGGUUGGCUUGCCUGGAUUUUGUUUCUGGCUCGGGUCUGUAUUGGCAAUGGGAGCAAUAUAUAGAAGCAGCAGGAUGAGAGGAUUUCUAGGCCGUGGCAAAGAGGAUGGUGUGCGUCGAAGUGCUGUAUCUGGCAAAAAGAUUUUAUUGAAACUUGAGAAAUCCAAAGAGGACAAGGCUGCAGAAAAUAAAAGGAACGAGUUGUUGAAAUUCCUAAAUGCUAGUUUUGAUUGA